CAUCACAGAGACAAGGACUCCCGGGGAAGAAGUCGGGGAAUCCUCAGCAGGGAAGAGGGGAGGUGUGCUGCAUGUGGAGGGCUGAGGCUGCUUUUAUAGAGAGGCGGAUUCAGCUCCUUCCCCUUCCCCUCUCCAGGCACAGAGUGAGGAGGAGGAGGAGGAGGAGGGGGUAUUGUGUGGAUGGAGUGUCAGUCCUCUGGCUGCUUUCUUGUGGAUGUUGGCAGCGCUGCUGGCUCUAUGGGAACAUAGCAGCACUCCGGGCUCAGGACUGGGGGGAGUGCUGCUGCUCCCGGGAAUUACUUCACACUGCAUGGAGUGACACUUCCUUGUGUUCUUUCCACCCCGGAGCACCCUGGAGGGGGAAGCCUGGAACUUCUAUGCGUCUGUGCUGUGUGAGCUGCCUCCCUUCCUCCCUCUCGAAGCUGGCAUUAUUCCGUCCACCUCAGGGGUGAUGCCAAUCGCCUCCGGCUCAGGACAAGCCUCCACUCAGGACUCCAGCUGCUUUCCUCACUGUCAGCGGGCAGACAGGCUACGGGACCCCAAGCAGCAGCAGCCAGUAGGAGGCGGUGACAGCGGGGGUGGCGGUGGAGGAGGAGGAGGGCUGUUGUUGCCUUUCCCGAUUUGCCUCAAUCCCAGCCAGGCUGAAACAGGGGCCGAGGCUGCAGCAGCCACCAGCAGAGAAGCUGGGCACAGCAGAGGAUCACUCGCCUCCCCCUCCCCCCAGCACCCACCUCUUGUGCAGGUCACCCCGUCUUUCUCUUCCCCUUCCUCCUUCUUCCAGGCUCUGUCCUCUGCUUCCUCUCCCCCCUCAUCUCCUCUUCCUCCUGGAGCUCCUUCCUUCCUAUUCCCAGCUUUCCUGGAGCCCCCAAGGACUAGAUCCAGAUCUAGGUCUGGAUUCAUCAUGAACCCACAACAGCAGCAGCUGCAUGGCAUGCCUGGGUUACCCCACUUCCACCACCACCAGCUCCAGACACCCCCACCACCUCACCUUAUCUCAAGUGCCCUGCGUGGGCCAGGCAUGGACAGACAUGAGAACCCCUCCCCAGAGGGAGCAAGACAACCCCACAGCCCUCCGGUAGUGGCGAGGAGGAGGGCAAACAGUCCGACCACCAAUGAACACCACCAUCACCACUACCACCACAUACGACCUCCGGCAGGUCACUUGGGCCCCUCGUUUCAGUGUCAGCCAGUACAUCAAGACCACAUAUGCAAUGAUGACAGCGAAAAGAACGAAGACAGUCCCAGUCCAAAAAGACAGAGACUAUCAAAUUCAGUCUUUGAUUACACAGCGCCAUCACCUGCACCAUCACCGCCAAUGCGACCAUGGGAGAUGUCAUCAAAUAGGCGGCCUCCUUCGGCCCGUCCCAAUCAGCACCAUUUCUCAGGGGAAAGAUGCAACACUCCUGCGCGCAACAGAAGAAGCCCUCCAGUAAGACGACAAAGAGGAAGAAGGGAUAGACUUUCUCGUCACAAUUCCAUUAGCCAAGAUGAAAAUUAUCAUCACCUUUCCUAUGGUCAGCAGCCGACAGUAGAAGAACCCAGGGCUUUCCACCCGCCGAAUGUAUCCCCACGUAUGCUUCAUCCUGCUGCACAUCCACAACAGCAGAAUGCUGUGAUGGUUGACAUUCAUGAACAGAUUCACCAGGGCACAGUGCCAGUUUCAUACACUGUCACAACAGUCGCACCACAUGGAAUCCCUCUUUGUACUGGACAGCACAUCCCAGCUUGCAGUGCACAACAGGUUCCAGGCUGUUCUGUGGUCUUUAGUGGACAGCACUUACCAGUCUGUAGUGUGCCUCCUCCAAUGCUUCAAGCUUGCUCUGUUCAACAUUUACCAGUUCCCUAUGCUGCUUUCCCUCCGCUAAUUUCUAGUGACCCAUUCUUGUUACAUCCACCGCACCUUUCCCCACAUCACCACGCACAUCUGCCCCCUCCUGGCCAAUUUGUGCCCUUCCAAACACAACAGUCUCGCUCGCCUCUGCAGAGGAUAGAGAAUGAAGUAGAGCUGUUGGGUGAACAUCUACCUGUAGGAGGAUUUACAUAUCCUCCGCCUGCUCAUGCACCAACAUUACAACCCUCUGCCCCUUUACAGUUCAUAACACAUGAUCCUUUACACCAGGAGGUUUCAUUUGGAGUUCCGUAUCCCCCAUUUAUGCCUCGAAGACUAACUGGUCGUAGCAGAUAUAGAUCACAACAACCAAUACCACCACCACCUUACCAUCCAAGCCUUUUACCUUAUGUUCUAUCAAUGCUUCCAGUGCCUCCUGCUGUGGGACCAGCCUUUAGCUUCGAGUUGGAUGUAGAAGAUGGAGAGGUGGAAAACUAUGAGGCAUUGCUAAAUCUUGCUGAAAGACUGGGAGAAGCUAAACCACGAGGAUUAACAAAAGCAGAUAUAGAACAGCUUCCGUCAUAUAGAUUUAACCCAAACAACCACCAGUCGGAACAGACUUUGUGUGUAGUAUGCAUGUGUGAUUUUGAGUCAAGGCAACUUCUAAGAGUCUUACCGUGCAACCAUGAAUUCCAUGCCAAGUGUGUCGACAAGUGGCUUAAGGCAAACCGUACCUGUCCUAUAUGUCGAGCUGAUGCUUCAGAAGUGCAUCGUGAUUCAGAAUGACCAGUCUGAGAGCACAAGUCCAGCUCGGGUGUUCCUAGUCACAUGUGUAUUUGUGUAUUUUCAGAUGCACAUGCACAAUAAGCAUCCAUUGAACUGAACCCGUGUGGCUUCCAGCCUAUUCUUUACACAAAAGGGUCGAUGGACCUCUUUUUGCACUGUGUGAUUUAAUCAAUUAUAAAGCUUCUAAUUAGUCUUCACAAUUAUGGGAUUGUUAUACUAACCGUGUGAUUGGGACUCCAAAGAUUAUUAUUUUUUAUAUAUUUCCUUAGCUUAUUUUGUGUGUGCACUAACAUUCCCUGGUUUUUGUGUGAUCAUUCCGAGUGUUUUUGCUGCAAGAUUACGUGGAUGUGAUCUUUUAGCAUGUGCUUUUAUAUUUAAACGGGAAAAAAAAAACUAAAAACAGAAUACAGUGGUAGCUCCAAACAAUUUAGCAAUCUACCUUAUUAUAGAGCCUUCAGAUACUGUGAGAGCGGACGGAUGGAAUGUAAGACUCUGUGGUAGUGGCCAUGUUGCUUUUGUAUGUUUGCUUGGGUCAAGCACAAGAGCGUAUGUAUGGUGGAGAACAUAUAUACCAGAAUGUUCUGAGAACGUAUGUAUGUAGUAUUACUUAUGCUGCAAUGUAUAAUCUUGUGUGUUAUUUAAGCAGUACUAGUACUGUACACUGGUUAAUUUUCUUGUGUUUGCAGUUGCACACUGAAUGCUAAGGGUGUAGCAAUCUAUAGGCAUUUCACACCCCUUUCUUAAUUUUUCAUAUUACUUUUUUCCAUACCACUUAUACCGCUUUUUGCUUUAUGCCACUGCAGGGGAAAAAAAGACAUUUUUGCUCAACAUUUUUUUUAUUUUUUUAUAGAAUACUACAUCAAUAAUGUGUACACAUUAAUUUAGCAACAAAAUAAGCUAUUCAUUUUUCACAAUGUAUUAAAUUAAAUGUCUAUUCUAGUGGAUCACAUCAAUUAUGUACAUAAAGUGACAAAAGCUGAAAAUUCAUUCACCACCAAAGAUUAAUUUACAUGCCCCCUACAAUCCAGGGAUCAAAUAGUGUCUCCUUGUAUCCACCCUUUUUUUUAUUUUUUUAUUUUUUUAAUAAUUGUCUGCGUUGUCUUUAAAAAGUGCAUGUAGGGCCCGUGUUAGCUAAACUUGGAGGUUGUGCCUCUUAUUUCUGGGAGGAAAAGUUGGAUUUUCAGCUUUGCCUGUAACGUUGCUUUAUGGGUAACAAACUUAUUAGUUAUAUAACUUUCUAGACCAUCAUGUUUGUUUGUUUUUUCUUUUUUUUUUUCUUUUUCUGGAAAAGUAUGUAUUAAGUUGGCUUUUCCUGGAUGAGUAAAAUAGUGUAUAUCAUAUUCGCUAUGCUACAUCAAGACCACCACAUAACCAUGUCUGGCUGCUGCUCUGUUAUACUGUUUCUUAUGUUUUCAAUUGGUUAGGUAACAGUCUUCACCUAAAGAACCUAUAUGGAAUGUAUACCUGUAUGUAUCGCAACAUUUUAUUUAAAGGUGCUGCAAAGAGUGAAAGAUAGCAAUAAUGGUUUCCUCUAGUCUCAUUGCUGGUUACUUUUUGUUGUUAGAAACCUCUUUUUUAAUGGCACAACUUUAACUAAUUAAGAUUUAGUUACAUAAAUAACUUAUUUUGGGGCUCAUUCAUAUUGCCACAGGGCUCAGCUAUAGAAGUCCGAUGAAAUGAGGGGAGUUUAAUGUAAAAAAAAAUAA